AUGUGGGCGCGCGCGGUGCUGGCGGGAGCGGCGCUGCUGGCCGCCGCGUGCGCGCGCGCCUGGCCCGGCGGAGCGGUGUGCGCGCGUCGGGUGGCGGCGGGCGGCGCGCGCUACGCGGCCUUCCUGAGCGCGGGGCCGGGGCCGCCCGCGUUGGUGGAGGGCGCGUGGGGCGGGCGCGGAAAGCUGCGGGGCUGCUGGGCGCGGCGGGACCCCCGCGCGAUCCGCGCCUUCCUCGCCUCCUGCGCCCGCCGCCCGUCCGCCGCUCCCGCGCCCGCGCUGCGCCGGGACGUGGCCGCGCUCUGGAGGCGGCGGGCGGCGUGCGCAGAGCCGACGCCGCACCGCGGGAACCGGAGGCGGAGGAGGGGUUGGACGGUGCCGGGGACGCUGUGGUGCGGGGCCGGGGAUUCGGCCGGGAACUCCUCCGAGCUGGGUCUGUUCCGCGGCCCCGACCGCUGCUGCCGGGAGCACGAUCGGUGCGGGACGCAGAUCGAGGCGCUGCAGUUCGACUUCGGCAUCCGCAAUUACCGCCCGCACACCGUCAGCCACUGCGACUGCGACGCCGCGUUCCGCCGCUGCCUGCGGGCUCUCAACGACACCAUCUCCGACCUCAUCGGCGUCACCUUCUUCGACCUCCUGGAGGUGCCGUGCUUCGUGCUGAGGCGCGCCGAGCAGUGCGUGCGCUGGCACUGGUGGGGCGGCUGCGAGCGGUACGCGGUGGUGCCGGUGGCCACGAUGGUGCGGCAGAGCCCCUACGGCACCGCGCCCGCUGCGGCCGUCGGGAGCUCCGCGUGCGGGACGCAGCCCGGAGCCGUCGGAGAGGCGGAGCGGUGUGAGACCGGGCCGGGGAGCGCCGCGGGAGGACGGAGGGGGCUGGGGAGGCUGUGCAGAGCCUAUCGGCACCUGGAUCGCUGCGAGCACCGCAUCGCGCCCCGCGAGACGAAGUACGGGCUGCGGAACGGCGGUGCGCGGACGCUCUUCCACUGCAACUGCACCCGCAGACUGGUGCGGUCCCUGCGCAGGACGAAGGGCUCCGGGGGCGCGGAGCCGCCGCUCCUGGCGGAGAGCAUCGCCGCGCGCUGCUUCGUGUUGGAACCGCAGGUCGAGUGCGGAGCGGAGCUCCGGAGUGGGUGAGUGCGGAGGGAACGGGGAAGGGCCGGAGCUGGCGGUGCUUGGUUCGCCGCAACGCUCUCUGUUCUGUUUCUCCAGCAGCUGUGACGCCGCGGCACAGGCCGUGCUGGUACCCGCACGGCACCUGAGGAUCACGCUGCGGCGCCGCGGUGCUGAACGUCGGGAGUGGAACGAGCAGGAGGGCGGCGGUGAUGCUCUGUACGAACGGUGCCGGCGGGUGGCCCUGGAGCAGGGGAUGGGAGCCCCGCAGCACCUCGCGCCCCGCUGAGCCCCAGCGGAUGGGCUGUACCGUGCGUGGGGAGGAGCUGCGCUGCGGGGCGGAGCUGCUCUAUGUCGGGUCCUUGAGAGAAAGGAUGGCACCGAGAGUGGCUGCUGGCGUGACUGCGUGGGGCAGGAAAGGGGUGGAGGAGGCUCAGCUGCCACCCCCAGGAGCUGCGGCUGCCAUCAAAGCAAAGGGAAAGGAGAGGGGGCAGGAAAAAGCGAUCGCCACCCGGCCCCUGAAGGAUGCUGCGGGCGUGGGAGCCCCGGGCAGGACGGUGCCAGGAUCCCCACCCCCGGUUUUGCCCCUGCAGCAGGAGGGGCUGGGGCGAGCCAGGUUCCUCCCCGAGCUCUAGAGGUGGGAGCACAGUGCCGUGCCUCUGAGGGUCAGUGCCUGCGUGUGGCAC